AUGUCGUUUGCCGCCAAGAAGGUGAAGGUUGAGAUGGUGGCCGACGUGGUGUGCCCUUAUUGCUACAUUGGCUACAAGCACUUGUUGGACGCUGUGAAAGAGGCGCAGUCUCGCAACCUCCCUGUUGAUGUCGAGGUCUCGUAUACCCCUUUCAUAUUGCGCCGGCAUCUGCCGAAAGAAGGCGUUGACAAGCUGUCGGUUUUCAAACAGAAGUUUGGGGGCAACGAGGACCACGCCAGACGUAUGCUCGACGGGGUUAAGGAGAGUGCAACGGCUGCUGGACUGUGCAUGAAUCUCGAGGGACAGCGGGCAGGAAAUUCUGAGGAUGCCCAUAGGCUCCUCCUGUGGGCCAAAAGUUUCGGGAAAGACAUGGAGCUGUUCGAAUCCAUGGUGAAGGCCUACAACUGCGAGCAGGGUUGGCUCGGGGACCACGAGGUCCUGGCCAGAUGUGCAGCAGCGUCAGACCUGUCCGAGGAUGAGGCGAGGAAGGUGCUGAAAGACCCGACGUCAUCACUGGAGGUCUUGGAGGCCGGUCUGAAGCGCUCGGAGCGCUUGGGUGUGUCGGGGGUUCCGUUCUUCGUCGUGGACGAUCGCCAGACGGUGCCUGGGGCGGAGGAGCAGGCGAGGGAGGAGCCCUCGCCCAGCGCCGCGGCUGCCGUGCUGGGCCGGCGUUUCUUGACCCACCUGCCAGAAAGCUGGCUCGGCUUCUCGAGGGAACUGGUAGCGCUCCAGUUCCGGCUCGUGCCGGGCGCCCCCGUGCCGCCGCGGGGGCCCUCGGCGUGCCCGGCACGCGGCGGUCACCGCGCGGCGCAGACCGCGGGGCCCACGCCCGCCAGCGGAGUCCGCGCGGCCGCGGAGGGGGGAGGCAAGCAGGGCCCCGCCGCGGCGGCGGCCGAGGGCGGCGGCAGGCUGGAGGUUAACGGCUUCGACCCGUACCGCCUCUAUUCCGACGCCACCACCAGUGGUGGAUGGCGAGAGGAUCGCGACAAUUGGGACAGGCGGUUCUGGAGACAUGUCGGCAUGCGCAUCACCACCUGGAGUUUACAGGAGGUCCUGCAGCUCAGCGGCCUCGAGGACUUCCUGCUGCAGGGCCAGUGGGGCCUGUUCGCGUGCGUCCCAGAGGUGGGUAGGGGAUGCAGAGGAGUGCGGUAG